UGUGUUUCAACGGGCGCUGGUGCAUUAUUGCGCGCUGGAGCUGCUUGCUACCGACCUUUGGCGCUUGCUGCUGCACCAUGGAGCGCGCACAUGUGCUCAUCCGCUUGCGUGGCGACGCAUCUUCGUCUGGUGCUGUCGGUAUCUGCCGCAUGAGCGCUACCACUGUCCGAUUGGAGCACAGCGAGAUGUCUCCGGGAGUGGCCAGCAUCACCUUCGAGCAGGUCUUCGACGUGAACGACAGCAAUUCUCGUGUAUUUCAGACCAGCUUAACAGGUGCAAUAGACGACGUUGUUGGUGGAAGAGCUGUUACGCUAAUAGCGACGGGUGCAACGAGUGCAGGCAAGUCGUUCGCGUGUCAUGGUGACCAGCACAAGCCGAGCAAUGGAAAAGCUGAGCCGGGGCUGAUUACGUUGGCAAUACGACGUGUUUUCAGCGGUUUGGUGAAUAGUAUUAAGGAUGGAGAGAAGUGCAACGUGUUGCUGAGUUGCUGGGGCGCCCAAAGCGGCAAUAACGAAGCUCUGAUGGACCUUCUAGCCGAUGGGACGUCCGUCGACAUGAAGGACAUGGAAAAGGUGAUGGUGGACCAAUCUGUCGUGGUAAAAACACCUGCAGAAGCCGUGCAUUUAUAUUCGAAAGCUCUGGGCAGACUGAAGGAUACGCAGAAACAGGAUUUUGUGUUUGCGCUGCAUGUGGAGACGUUGUUGGCGAAUGGCGAGGCCCGACGAGGACGGUUGAUUGUUAUCGACAUUGACGGAGGGUCGAUCAUCGAGCCGAGAGGAGAACAAAUGUACCAAACGCAGAAGAAAAACCGUGGAGAGUAUUUCUUGGACCCGCAGUUUUCAGUGAAUGAAACGCUAAGCGCAGGCUUCGGAGCGUUUGUGGGGAAUACAAGCUCCACGUAUCUGCUUGUUGCAAUUCAGACGCCAGCGCAGUUUCAGCAGCAGGUAAGGGUGACUUUAUUCUUAAUUCUCCGUUUGAAUUAUCUGAUAACACUGUUUUUGGAAAUUAGGCCAUCCAAUCGCUUUUGUACGCGUGUAAAGCGAAAGAGAUCAAGAGUUCAAGCGCGAUCAACUAUUUAUCUGAAUAUGUCGAGAGAAACAGCUCGAAUCAGCUUCUUGAAACGGGGAAGCGACUGUCGAAGGACGCAGAAAAUCAAGCACCAGGUUGUCGUGAAGACGUUGAGGUGCCCAAGGCUCCUCAAAUCUACUCAGCCGAGCAACGCGCUAAUUUAUUUUCCAGUGGAGCAUUACCGCCUGUAUCACCGCCAUUAUCUACCACCUCAAGCGGCUCCACAUGCGAGCCACCAUUCAUCGCUCCUCGAGCUCGAGAGCCAGUGGAUUCACCAAGCCUUAGUCCAAGCACAAGUUGCGAAAGUGAAGAAUCACUGAAGCAGUCAGCCGUAUCAAAACGUCUGCGCAAGGCGUAUGACAUCGCGAAAGCUGCUACCAGUUCGCCAUUAAAGCGGAGCAUAGUAUUCGCUGCGGGUUCCAAUCAGUCUGAUGAGUCUACUGCCCACGCUGCAAUUGAUGAAUUACUGAAGCAUCUCCCGCAUGACACGUUACGUGGACUAUCUCUCCAAGCCAAAUUAGAGCAAAUCCGAGCAACUCAAGCGGAAUUAGAGCGUGCGUUAGCACACGAGGUCUCUAUCAAGGACAAGUGUGUGGAUCGAAUCUCACGACUGAGUCAAGCCAUGAGCUGCCAGGUGGUUGAGCACGAGCAACAGCUACACGAAGCUCUGACGGCGAAGCACACAGCAGAGUCUCAACUGCAAGAUCUCACCAUAAAAUUCGAUGAUGUCGGGCACGAGGUGACGCGCUUACAGGAGGAGGUCAGGUUGUUGAAAACUGGCUCGGCUGCUGCUCAAACGCCUGAAAAUGAACGAUCAAUGCUGCACACCUUGUCUGCUCGGCUUGAAGAGGCGAUGAUUCAAGCCAAGGACGUGAUAACGUUCAAAGAUGGAGUCAUUCAGUCUCUCGAGGAACGACUGCAGCUGGCAAGCAAGCGUGGAGCAGACACUAUAGCGUUGUUGGAGCAGGAGAGAGGCCAGUUUGAACGCGAGAAGGCAGAUCUUCUCACCCAGUUACAUCAGAGUCAAGGGAGCAAUACCAGUAAGAAAGACGAGGAGGUUUUGAAGUUGCAAUCGGAGAAUAUGACGCUCGAACAGCAAAAAGCAGAGCUCACUGUUAAAGUAGCGCAACUCACGCUUGAAUUGGAGACGGCGAGGGCGCAGUGGGCACAGGACGCUCGUGACCGCGAGGAUCGAGCUGAAAAGAGAUGCGCCAAGCAGGUCGCUCAAGCCGAACAGCAGCUGGAACAGGCUACAACUGCGAUGCAGCAGCAAAUGGCUCAGUUUCGCGAUGAGCUGGACAUGAAACUGGCAAGGCAGCGUGUAGCUGCGCAAGUGGCUUGUAAGGCAGGUGAAGUGAAGUGUGAGCAGUUGGAACGUGAACUGCAGCGCAUGAAGCAGAAAUUGGCCAAGCAAAAGAUGAAGAUGGAGAAGAAGGCGCGUGUGCUGGUUGCCAAUGCUCACAAAGAGCACGAAGAGCCUGUUGCGUUGCUGAAACGUGGUCUGGAAGAUCUGUCGGAGCGUUUAAUUGUCGUGGUGGAACGUGAGCAGGAGGCAAUAAGAAGAGCAGAAAAAAGCGAGGAAGCUGUCGAACGGUUCAAAGCUGACAUACAGAAGUUAAAGACGACAGUAUGCGAGUUGGAGCGGGAACGUACUGCGCUGGGGAAUCUUUACAAAGAGCUCGAUGCUGAUAAAGACGCAGUUAAAGCUGAUUUUGAGCUACGAAGCCGCGAGAUGGAGGAAGCAUUGGCGCAACAGAUUAUGGCAGCUGAAGCUCGAGUCAAUAAGGAACGAGAUGAUGAGGUACAAAAGUUGAUAAAACAACAUGACACGGAGAUGAAUCGGCUACAAACUGAAGCACGAGAACGAGAGCAGAGUAUGGUCAAGGAACAGCUAGGAAGGCAGCAAUCGUCGUCAGAAUCAUCAGAAGGUGGAUCGUUGACAUCCAAUAACAGCCACCAGAAGCGCAUUGAGGAACUUGAUGCAUUGAUCGACUCGAAAGAGCGGCGAUAUCGACAUCUGGAGAAGCGGAAGAAAGCUGGUAGGUCAUCAUCUUCGUCCCCGCCUACAAAGAAAACUACUUCGUCGUUGAAGAAAGAAUUGGCACACAAGGAAGAGAAGAUUGCAGAGUUGUCGAUCCGGCAAAAGCAGCUCUUGGUAGCCUUAGCCACUGCUAAUGAGCAGGAAACGCGUGCAAAGCAACAGGUUCAAGAGACCAAGUCGCAACGUCAGAGCGAAGUGGCUCAGUACGAAGAUCUGCUUCAACAGCUUAAUUGUCUCAAGCGGGAGAACUGGAACCUCAGUCUUGCUCUCCAAGUUACGGAAGCGUCAAGGCAUCAACAAUAGCGCAAACCGCCACUACCUGCUGCUCACUAGGCAUCUGAUUAGAGGUUUUUGCGUAAAAAGUGUAGAUUAAUUGGACGAAUACUAUGACACCAUCAUGACCUUAAUUGUGGUGGUGGCCUUCUAUUGAAAAUGAAAUACCGUGU